AUGUCCGCAGACGUCGCGGUGUCUCUGGCGGUCCUGGUGGGCGUGGUCGCGCUGAGUGACGUCAUCCUUAGGCCCUUGUGCGCUCUCCUCGCGGGCACGAGCAUGCGCGCGUACGCCGCCGAGCUCGUGUCCACGUUCCAGCUGUGCUGCUGCGCGCACGAGCUCCGGCUGCUGUCGGAAGUGGGCGUGGUCCCGGCGGGCGUGUCUCUGACGCUCACCUACCUGGCGGCGGUGACCCACGGCCUCACCUUCCGCGGCGCCACGGGGAACCCCGUCGGCACGCUCGCGCACGCCUACCGCGCCCGCGUCCCGGGCGGGAGCGCGCUGCUGCGGAUCGCGUGCCAGUUCGCCGCCGCCCGCGCGGCGCGCGCCGCGGCGCAGGCGAUCUGGGGGCGCGGCUUGUCCGGGCUGCACGCGCGCCACGCCCUCGGCGGCUUCCGGUGCGCCAGCGCCAUACGCGCGCCGCUUCACACCGCCGCGUGCGUGGAGCUGGCGUGCGCCUUCGCCGUUCAGACGGCCGUCACGCACGCGCGCGGCCUGGACGACAGGUACCGCGUGCACGCGACCGCCGCCGUCAUCACGUCGGUGGUCUGUGCAGGGGGCGGUGUGACGGGCGCAGUGUUCAACCCAGCUUUGGCCUUCUCCACGCUGUUCGGCUGCACCGGAAGCUCUACAGCGGAAUACUGCGUGGUCUACUGGAUGGGACCCCUGCUGGGAAUGGCGUCCUCUGUGCUGCUCUUCGACAAAGUGUCUCCUCCAUUACCAUUGGACGCCAUGAAGAGGAAGUGAGCACGUCAGCAACACGUGACCGGAAGAGCAUUGAUUGAUUGAAACUUUUAUUAGUAGAUUGCACAGUACAGUACAUAUUCCCUACAAUUGACCACUAAAUGGUAACACCACCCAGGGAAUUCAAGUCACAAGUCGCUCCCAAGCUUUUUACGACACUUAAAGCCGAGUUGAAAAACCACCAGAGACAGAAUAGGUAUUUUUGUUGUAUAUUUUCAAAGCUUUGCAAAUAUACUUUUUGAGACCAGUCCAGCAUAGAAC